GGUCUAGGGCGGAAGUCUCUGGCGCCCGUCUGUGAGAGGAGAGCAUUCGGAGCUGAGGCGCGCUGACUGGUACCGGAGGCCGCGGUGCGGCGAGGAGCGUCCCUGGAGUCCCGCUGGGGCUUGUAGUUCGUCCAAAUAAAAUCACAGGUCAUCUUUAGGUGCAGUGACCCCCGAGCGGUGAACAUGUGGAAUCCCCCCCGACAACUGCUUCCUGGCUUUCGGGGCCAUCCUGGAGAACCGUUUCCACCUAGAAUACCCCCAGGCUCCUAUCCAAGAAUGCGAGGACGACCUCCUUUCCCCUUCCGGGAGGGACCAAGGGUUUCUAGCCCUCAUUUUGGGGGCCCCGGAGUUGCUCCCUUCAUUAACAGAAACAUGGACGUGUCCAUGGAUGGACAUUGGGAUGAGGGCAGAGUGCUGCCGGAGGAACAGCUGCGCCUCGCCAGGAGGCCGAGGCCAAACGUGAACUAUAGGGCUUUUAGAGAAGAGGAAUUGAUGGACAUGCACUAUGGGGACAUGGGGGGCCCUGAGAAUGAGCUUAGGGCCCGCUUAGCCCCAGAUAUGGACUACAGAGAGAGGGAAGCCUCCAUUUUGAGCCAGAGAGGGAUACCUGAUGCGGAUUACAGACAUGAGGAAGAACCAGCCAUUGUGUACAGAGAGAGACUUCCGCCCCCUUCUAUCUUUAGAGAAAGAGAGAGCCUGGAGUACAGGCGGCGGCUGCAGGCGGCGGAGCAGCUUCGGCAGAGAACCGCCACCCCGCUGGAUUACUCCGAGAGGGAAAUGGAGGAGCUGGAGUACAAGCGUCGCCUGGAUGCUCUGCAAGAAAUCGUCCUGAGACAGCGAGAAUCUGCAGAGUUGCUGUCCAGGGACAGGGAGGUCACGGACAUGAGGGAGCGCUCUGCAUUAGGUUACAAUGAGAGGGCGAUUCCUGCACAUUUCCGGGAGUCUGCAGACCUGGACCUAAGGUUCAGGGAGCCGGACGUGGAUGUAAACUUCCUGGACCAAGACCGAGCACUAGACUACAGAGAGAGGAUGGUCAUCGACUACUCGCAUAGUGAAACCAUGAUGUACAGUGAGACCGAGGGCCCCGACUACACCGAGAGCGAGUAUAAAGCCAGUCUGAAAUCGCAGAGCAAUGUGAUCCCAAAGGGGGCGGCUGGCAUAACCCGCAGGGACCUGAAGUCUGCCGAUGCACUAGAGCCCCCCUAUAAGAAGAGGAACAUAGAGAUUCCAGGGAUAGACUCAGACUAUCGGGAGAAAGAGAGCGCAGACUCUGAUUACCGAGGAAAAGAGACCUCCGAUUCAGACUACAGAGAUAACACAGAUUCCGAUUACCGAGAAAUGGAGGCUGUCGACUCAGAUUAUCGGGACAAAGAGAGCGCCGACUCAGACUAUCGGGAAAGAGAGAGGGCAGACGCAGAUUACCGCAAGCAUGCCGAUAACGGCAUGAAAAAGAGCGCAAACACAAUGGAGGCAAAAGACAACGCUUCGAAGCCAGUGAAAAAUCCUAAAGAGCUGAAGGCUGUGAUAACUGCACCAGAUCUGGUGCCAAAGCCCCUCUCCGGUACAGAGCAAAGGAUCCCCUUCUUGUCUUAUGACAAACCGCAGGUGUCUCCCAUCUCCAAGAUAAAUAGCGAGGCUCUUCGCCAGGAGGGGGCGCUGUCCGCACCUAAGGGAGGCGUGAAGAGCGACAAGUGCAGCUUCCCAGGAAAACUAGACGUCGACUUCAGAGAUCAUCCCAAACCUGAACUUCACCAGGAAACCAAAGAAGCAGGGAACAAAAUCACAAGGUUCUCCGCAGGCGGCAAGGAGCUCUGCCCCAGUGACCAAGACCUGCGAAGUAAGGAACCAGCUCAAGGGGGAGGCGAUCAGGACUUCCGAACCAGUGAAUAUGUGCAGAAGAAGGAUGAGGACCUCCGAGCCGGGAAAGAGCAGGGUCCAGCAGACCCCCUCAGCCAGAGCUCCCUGCUCUAUGACUUCUUAACGCUGGCAGCGAAAGAGUUAAAGCAGCAGAAAGAAAAAGUUGCUGAGGGGCAGGCGGCCGUUCACAUCCCGGAGAAACCCGCAACGGCCAGAACAUCUCACCCAGCCUCCAGCACCACGAAGUCAGCAGCAGGACCGUCCCCUGGGGUUGAGUUUCUGGGCAGACAGGAUGCGGACUACAGGAACAAGGACUACAUGGAUGUGGACUUAAGAGUUGCUUCUGGCGCAGACAAAAAAUCUCAUGACCAUCAGCCUGGGAGUAAGGAUAAAGACUACAGGAGGACUACUAUCCCUGACGGAGCCACCAGGAUUGUAUGGCUGGAUGGUCUCCCGACCGGAGGCUCUAGAGAAGAUAUCCUCUCUGCGCUCGGCGCAGCGCGCCCCCUGCCCAAAGAUGGAGUGAACCUCAUCGGAUACAUUCCAGGUUACAGCUUCGGCUCUGUCUGCGUGGAGUUUUCCCUCGUGGAAGAGGCCGUCGGAUGCAUGGAAGCCAACAAGGGCGUCCUCAAUUUUAGAGGAAAAAAGAUCAGUCUGAAGUAUAUUCCCAAUUCAGACCGGUGGAGCUGCCAGCAGUGCAAGGGGGUGAACGUCUUAUCUAAGGAAAGAUGCUGGCAGUGCAGUGCGCUCCGGGCAGGGUCUGACCACCUGCCUGUCCGAGAAGCCCUAAAAGACGCCAAGACGCCAACCCUCCCUACUUCACGACGUGCCAAAAAGCGCAAUGCCAAGCUGAGCCCCCCCACCCCCAGCAGAAAUGACAGCAAGAGAAGGCGGAGCCCCCCGCCGAAGGGCAAAAAAGGGGGAAAGCCUGCCAAGGCCGAGAGUGCAACCGUCAUCAUCAGGGGAAUCGGCGUGAACACGACCCCAAAUAGUGUGGUGAAAGCGCUUCAGCCUUACGUGCAGCUUUCUGUACGCAGCAUCCGCAUCAUGAAAAACCGCAAGAGCGACCAUCGGGGAUUUGGCUUCAUUGACCUGAGGAAUCACAAGGAGGCGAUCCGUCUGACAGUGUUGGUUCGUGAACUCAAACCUCCGCUCACCAUUGAUGGGAAACCGAUCACCGUGGACCUGGCUGUCGGGGAGAGGAGGAGCGAACAGAGAAAGACUCAGAAACGCAAUAGAAGUUCAGCAAAGAGCCGGAACCGCCGAGCACAGAGAAGAUCCAUCACGUAUCCCGGAUUCAAAGCGCCCGGUCCAAGUUAUGUCUAUAACCCCAAAACUGGCACGUAUGUGGACCCCCUGACCAAUACGGUCUACAGUGGAAACAGAAACCAGCGCAAGAAGGACGAUCAAGCUGCAGGCGGUGGGAAGAAGGAGCCUUCCAGCCAGCCGCGGAGGGGCUUCACCGAGGACAAGGUGAAGGAUUCAGAUAAGGAACCCUUUAAGAGACCGUUGCCCCCUCCAUUGACCAAGAAGGAGGAGCCGCCUCUGGAGCCAAAGCACAACCCUCUGAUUAAGCUGCUUGGAGAAUAUGGAGAUGACAGUGAGGAGGAGGAGGAGGAGGAAGAGUUCCUGCCUCCAAUAAAGAAAAGGCCCGCUCCGCCCCCACCGCUUCCGGCCCCUGCUCCUAAACCAGCUGCGCCCACCUCCAGCCCCGUCGCCGCCCAUGAAGAAAAGUUAACGGAUUGGAAGAAGAUGAUUUGCCUGUUGUGUCGGCGACAGUUCCCCAAUAAGGACGCGUUAAUCCGGCAUCAGAAGUUAUCGGAUCUGCACAAGCAAAACCUUGCCAUCCAGGAGAAGGCCAGGAAGUCUCGGAAGGAGCUGGCUUACCUGAAGGAGCAAGAGGAGAAUCAGUCCAUACAGCGGAGGUUGCUGCAGGCCAGGAAAGAGCUGGAGAAGCUGGAGCGACAGGAGGAAGGCGCGCAGCAGGUGCAGUCCUGGAACACCGCGCGCACACAGCUGCAUGCCCCUAGCUCAUACCCAGCCCUGCAUGCGCCCUCCCCCAUCACUUCCACCGCAGCUGUGGAGAUACACACCUGUCUGUCCCUUUACUCUCUGACAGGAAAGGGAAGGUCUGGACUCCGAGCUCCAAGCUCCUGGAAACAAGAAACCGAAAGGUUCUGAUCCCGGCAGCGAGCCUAAAGUGAAGAAGCAAGCGGGAGCAUCGUACCGGGAUAACAUGAAGAGGCGAAUCCUGGAGCGCUACAAGGAGCUGGAAUAAGCCUCUCCCCUGCCGCCAUCCGUCUGUCCCCACGCUGCUGCUAU